GUGCGAUUUUCGUACGGGUUACGUUUACCCCAGAAAUGAAUGCGAUUGCCAUUUAGUCGAUUUACGUCUGUCGUUUGGAUUUGACUGUAGUAGUCGUUAGUUACGAAAAAUGGGUGUACCAGCUGGUGAUGUUGAAAAGGGCAAGAAAAUCUUUGUGCAACGUUGUGCGCAAUGUCACACAGUUGAAGCCGGUGGCAAGCACAAAGUAGGCCCUAAUUUACAUGGCUUAAUCGGUCGUAAGACUGGUCAAGCAGCCGGUUUCGCAUAUACAGAUGCUAAUAAAGCAAAAGGUAUUACCUGGAAUGACGAUACACUAUUUGAAUACUUGGAGAACCCAAAGAAAUACAUCCCAGGAACAAAAAUGAUCUUUGCUGGUCUUAAAAAGCCAAAUGAACGUGGCGAUCUUAUUGCCUACCUCAAAUCAGCAACUAAGUAAAUUAUGACAAAUUAAUUUAUUUAUUUAAAUCAAUUCAUAUAUAUAUAAAUAUAUACAUAAUAAUGUCAAUAUAAAUUAUAUUAUAACAAGAUAAAACAAAAACAACAACAACAACAAUUCAUUUCGUUAUGUUAUUUAAAAGUCACAAAUUAAAUUCAAUUGUGUUCAUUGAAUCAACUUUUUGGUAGAAUAUUAAAAUCAUAUAAGAAGAAUAACCUAACCGCACGAGGCACAGAAGAAUGGUGCUGAAAUAGUAGACGGGGCCAGGCCAUCUAUCUGGCUAUUUAUUACUACUACUACUGCUAUUAAUUGUAAGGUUCAACGUGCUAUAGUAAGCUAAGAACAAAAUAGCCUCAAUUUUAGUUUAACAUUAAAUAGUAAAAUAUUGUUUAUAAUUUAAAUUAAAUAAAAAACAAACUAUAACGAAAA